UCGACAGAAGGACGAGAAUGGCUGAGCAAUGUACAACGACGGUUUUUGGAUUUUAAUAACACGAAUAUUCACCAGAAUUUAUUUGUAGCUGUGGCCGGUCGGGCAGCCAAGGGAAAAAGGGAACGAUGGUAACAAACAGCUGAUCACAGACGACACAGACGGAACUGAGCAAGCAAGGAAAGAAUGUUGCGCAUUGUUGCUCCGAUAUUGCGAGCCGGAACGGCGCACGCAGUUGCCACAAGCGCGAAAAAUUUAAACCUUACUAAGCUAAGCAGCUUUGCAAAUUUUGGGGCAACGCAAUCCAGGUGUUUCAGUGUACUUGCACCUUAUAUUCACACUCGCAAUAACACCAUUUCCUCUGUACAGUCAACGCUUCUGAGCGAACCAUUCACCAAAAGGAUCUUACCUGCCGCUCUCCAACCCCUUCAAACUCCAGUUAGAACAGUGACGAAGUUUUCACUCAAGAAAGGAAAAAGGAAAACUGUGAAAGCUGUUGUGGAACGAUUCUUCAGACUCCACUGGGGUGGUUGGAUCCGAGUCAGAGCGGGGCGUCACAAAAGACUGUGGAAGAAAUCGCCGGCAUUGAGAAGACGAUUGAGGCAGCAUGUCUUUGUAAACGCGACACAGGCUACAUUAUUGGAUAAAAUGGUAACUCAAUUUUGGCGGAGAGAAAAACACUACAUAGACGAUCCCUAUGCCCCAUAUCACACACGGGAAGAAUUUGUUUUCACCAGGAAAAAGCCUGCGCUGGAAUAAUCCUCUAAUCACAAAUUUUAACUUAUAGAAACUGUCAUACGUUAUGGAAUAAAUGAAUAAACGCUAA